GUUCCGGUGGCAUGCAUGCAAAAGAGCCAUCGAAUGGGCUUGCAUGCAGUGAACUCGAGGAUUGCAUGAUGGAGCAGGUCCAGCUGGAGGGCCAUGUAUCGCCUGUUACGAGGGCCCAUUCAACUCCAUCGAGCCAUGGACAACCUUCUAACUGUUCUCUGCAUACUCGAAUCCCAGACUUCAACUCAAUGGCCUCCGCCGUAGGGGGUGUAGGUGAGAGCGAUACGACACAAGCGGUCAUUCAGGCCUCGAUAUCCAAUGACGGUGACACCAUGCGAGUUCUGCAACAGUCCUCGAGGCACCAGGACAAUCUGGAACAGGGGAACGGCCGUGACCACCCCCCUCGUCCGACGGGGUCAUUCAUCUCAGAGCCUUGCCAUCCAAGCAGCGACAUCCUCCGCCUCUGGAACUCGCUACGUUUUGUACGGAUGGGCUGGCUGACUGCAAACGAGGCAGUCUCGUACGUUGACUUAUUUUUUCAAAAUCUUUCGCCUCUAUCCCCAGUCCUGGACGACCACUACAGUCACCACGAAAACCACUACUGGCUCAUCACCCAAGAGCCUCUUCUUUGCUGCACCAUUCUCAUGAUCUCCUCUCGCUUCCACGCCCUCCGCAGCACGAGCAGCUGGUCGCGCAGCGUCGCCCUGCACGAACGUCUUUGGGAACACUGUGAGCACCUCGUGACACGCAUUAUCUUCGGCCAGGAGAAGAAAUCCAAGGCCAAAACGCGCACCGUCGGCGCCAUCCAGGCCCUCAUGCUCAUUACAGAGUGGGCGCCCAGAGCCGUCUACUUCCCGCCAAGGUCGGACGGCUGGGACUCGGAUUUGAUCUUCCAGCUCCCCGACGACCGCGACCAUCCCAGCGGCAAUGCAGCAGAUGUGGCGCAGGAUAUCAACGGGACCUGGUUCCGCGAUGUGAUUGCCCCCGCAAGAAGGAUUGAUCGCAUGGCUUGGAUGCUCCUCGGAUGCGCCGUCACCCUCGGCCAUGAGAUUGGCAUCUUCGACGCGACCAAGGCCAAGAUGGCCGUCGCUGGCUUGGGAUCCCCAGAACAGCAGCGGCGCCGCUUGUGCUGCUACAUCUGGCUGCGGAAGGCCAUUUUCAUUGCGGAUGAGCAGUUCUCAAAUCGACUGGGGUCUACGUCGCUGAUCCCGUCGAGCUUGAAUUCGUCUGCCUUUGAGCCUUUGCCACUGGCCUCAACUGCGCAGGUCGAAAAGAAGUGUGUCUUUAUUGAUGGCCAGCUAGCUCUGACGCAGUUGGCAAAGUCCAUCUCGAGUACGCUGUUUUCCUCGACCGCGGCCACGCGGGAGCUCAUCCAGAGCUACAAGUACGUGGGCAGUAUUGAAGGUUUCCAGCAGCAGCUUCUAGCUUGGAGAGAGGCAUACCUUGAUAACAGAGGUAACCAUCUCUCACAGCACGCCCGCGAAUUACUCGCUAUAGAGUAUCAAUAUAGCCGCAUUUUCCUCAACAGCCUCGGAAUGCAAGCCGCCGUCGACCGGUCCGCUGACUUCCUCACAAGAGGCCAAGAUACCACAAGUUCAUCCGACCAGACUCCUUCGACGUGGGUCCGGAAUUUCGCGGCCUCGACCGAUCUUCAGUUCGUCCUUGAAGUGAUCGACGGAGGCUGCCAGAUCCUGCAGAGCGCCAUCCGCCUCGCCGAAACAGGCACACUGCGAUACUGUCCGACUCGCGUCAUCGUGCGCGUCAUUGCAGCCUCCGUCUUCCUCGUCAAGGCCCUGGGAUUAGGCGUCGAGCGAACCAGGUUGGAAGCGUCGCUGGACUAUUUGCAGCGUGGCAUUGAGGCUCUUCGCAAUAGCACCUGGGACGAUGUUGAGCUUGCUUCGCGGUAUGCCGCGGUACUAGCCCUGCACCUUGAAGAGUAUAAGCGCAAGUUCGUGCUGAAACCAUGUCGCCAGGGCGUUGAAGCGACCGACCCAAAUGCGUGUGCAGUUUCGGUUGUGGAUGAGCCUAUUGCAAACGGCAACGAUGACGCGAGCCUGGUGGACAUGCAAGUCUUCCAGAAUCCGCAGGACUGGCUGUCUAUUCCUCUGGAUAUCUCGAUGGCGCCUUUUGGAGCUCAUAUAGAUGAGGAUGAGUGUGCGGGACUUGUAGGUUUGGAGGAGGGUGACUGGAGCUUCUUGUGGAAUCUUCCUUCAUUUCCUGGCUAGACUUCACCCAUCGAAGUUGUAUAUAAUUAAGGAAAUAAUAUUAAGAAUGAACGUAUCCGAGGUACCG